AUGAAAGGGGAGGGCCAGAACGGUCGGACGGGUCGGGUCGGUCGGUGCUCGCCCAAGUGUUUUUUAUUCACUGUAACUGAUGUCGUAGUUGAGCCAAUGCCGACGCCAUUCUGCGAGCGAUGCUGCUGCGCCUCAGCGACACCAGAUUUGUUUUACUUUUCUUUCAUUCACACUUCUUUGUUUUUCUUCAUUCAUUCAUUGUUUUUUCAAUCUAUAUUUUCCUUUCAUUCAACCUUUUUUGUUUUUCCUUUAUUUCGUCUUUUUUUUCAGUGUUUUUCUUUUCUUUCAUCUGCCAUUUUUAAUUCAGCGUUUUUCUUGUACAUUCGUCCAUUUUUUUUAAACGUUUCUUUUAUUCGUCUUUUUUCCGUCCUUCAAAGACAUAUUCUUUAUUCAUUGUUUACUGCAUUUUUCUUUGUUUUUCAUUUUUCGCUCUUUCUUACUCCCACAUUUUAUGUUUUCUUUUCUUUUUCAUUUCCUCCUACAUCGUUUUUCUUUUCUUUUUCAUUUUCUCCUACUUCGUUUUUCUUUUCUUUUUCAUUUCCUGAUACUUCGUAUUUCUUUUCUUCUUCAUUUCCUCCUAGUUCGUUUUUCUUUUCUUUUUCGCUUCUUGCAAUUUCGUUUUUAUUUUCUUUUUCAUUUCCUCCCACGUCGUUUUUUUCUUUUCUUUUACAUUUCCUGCAACUUCGUUUUUCUUUUCAUUUUCAUUUCCUCCUACUUCGUUUUUCUUUUCUUUUUCACUUCUUCCUACUUCGUUUUUCUUUUCUUUUACAUUUCCUGCUACUGCGUUUUUCUUUUCUUUUUCAUUUUCUACUACUUCAUUUUUCUCUUCUUUUUCAUUUCCUCCUACUUCGUUCUUCUUUUCUUUUUCAUUUCCUCCUACUUCGUUCUUCUUUUCUUUUUCAUUUCCUCCUACUUCGUUUUUCUUUUCUUUUUCAUUUUUCUCUUGAUUUUCAUUUCCUACAACUUCGUAUUUCUUUUCGUUUUCAUUUCCUGGAACUUCGUUUUUGUUUUCUUUUUCAUUUCCUCCUACUUCGUUUUUCUUUUCUUUUUCAUUUCCUCCUACUGCGUUUUUCUUUUCAUUUUCAUUUCCUCCUACUUCGUUUUUUUUUCUUUUUCAUUUCCUCCUACGUCGUUUUUCGUUUCUUUUCUUUUACAUUUCCUGUUACUUCGUUUUUCUUUUCUUUUUUAUUUCCUCCUACUUCAUUUUUUUUUUUUUUUUUCAUUUCCUCCUACCUCGUUUUUCUCUUCUUUUUUUCCUUCUUUUCAUUUUUCCUUCCUUUUCAUUUCCUCCAACUUCGUUUUUCUCUUCUUUUUCAUUUUUCUCUUCUUUUACAUUUCCUGCAACUUCGUAUUUCUUUUCGUUUUCAUUUCCUGGAACUUCGUUUUUGUUUUCUUUUUCAUUUCCUCCUACUUCGUUUUUCUUUUCUUUUUCAUUUCCUCCUACUGCGUUUAUUUUCUUUUUCAUUUCCUCCUACGUCGUUUUUCGUUUCUUUUCUUUUACAUUUCCUGCUAUUUCGUUUUUCUUUUGUUUUUCAUUUCCUCCUGUUUUUUUUUUCUUUUUCCUUUCCUCCUUUUCUUUUUCUUUUCUUUUCAUUUUUCCUACUUCUUUUUCUUUUUCUUUCAUUUUCUCCUACUUCGUUUUUCUCUUCUUUUUCAUUUCCUCCUACUUCGUUUUUCUUUUCUUUUUCAUUUUUCUCUUCUUUUUCAUUUCCUGCAACUUCGUUAUUCUUUUCUUUUUCAUUUCCUCCUACUUCCUUUUUCUAUAUCUUUCUUUUUUUUUUCCUUUUCUUUUCCUCAUCCUUUCAUUUUGUCAUUCAUUCUUCCUUCCUUAUUUAUUCUCCCUCUAUAUUCCUUACUUUCUUUUUUAUACUUUCAGUCUUCUUGACUCUCCCGAUAACUGAACCAAACCGCCCCCUCCCACACUCUGUGUGUCAUUAA